AUGCCAUCCCAGCUGCUUCCUCUCGAUGCCAUCCCAGACGCUACGGUUCCUCCGGGAGUGGACAUUUUGGAUGGAGGCAUGGCCCUCGCGACCUUCACCUGGAUGAGAGAGGAGGUCGUGCAAAGUUUGGUUGCACUGGCUCCUAAGGGGUGGACGGCGGAAACGACGCAAAUCAACUUCGGAGAGCAGGCGGGGCCGUUGGUGCUGUUCGACCGAAGCGCGAAGGCCCUCGUGAUGUCGCCGUUCGACAGCUUCAUGUCGGCGAACGCGUACCACGACCGAGCGGGGUCGAGCGUGCACUUCGGGGUGAUGGGCCGGGCGGAGGGAGUCCCGGCGGGGCACGGGACCCGGACGAUCCUGCACCACGGGGAGGGCGUGAACGCGGCCGUGUUCGACUGGGGGAGGGCCCUGCAGACUUACUACGGCAGGGAGCAAGUGAGCGACUUUACUACCGACUACUUGGGAUACUACACAGACAACGGAGCCUUCUACUAUUAUAACACAGAGGAAGGCAUGAACUACGAAGAGACGGUGCUCGCAGUCGUGGACCACCUGAGCGAGAUCGGGCUCCCCAUCAAGUACUUCCAGUUGGACUCGUGGUGGUACCCAAAAGGGGCCGACGAGGGGGUGGUCGAGUGGACGGCGUUGCCGGACGUGUUCCCCAACGGUCUCCAGAACCUGUACCAAGCGGUCGGACUUCCCUUCCUGGCCCACAACCGGUGGUUCUCGCCGGAGACGACGUACGCAACAGAAAACGGGGGAGAGUACGAAUUCCUGAUCGAACCGGAGAACGGGAAGGCCCUGCCGCUGGAGCGGCGCUUCUGGGACGAUCUCCUCGACGAGGCGAGGGUCUGGGGGCUGGUCACUUACGAGCAGGACUGGCUGGAUCAAACCUACACUGGGCUCGAUGCUCUUCACACCGACGUCGAUCUGGCCUGGAGAUGGUUGAACGAGAUGCAUGGAGCAGCCGAUGCAAGGGGGAUCAACUUGCAAUACUGCAUGGCGCUGCCCCGGUUUGCCUUGGCGGCUCUGGCGCUUCCUCGGGUUUCUCAAAUUCGCGUGUCGGAAGACUAUCUCGCCACGUUUCUGAAUUGGGAUAUCGGAGUUUCGUCCAUGUUCGCCCACGCACUGGGGAUCCCUGCCUUCAAAGACACUUACCAGUCUUCAGAUUAUACCGUAGCAGCUAGGUGUUCCAGACUCGGGGGCAAUGACGCCGAGACCAUCGAAAAGUGCCUGAGAGCAUUCGAACCAGGCCUGCAUUCGGCCAUCUCCUCUCUCUCAGCCGGCCCAGUGGCCCCGGGAGACGCGAUCGGCGAGAUGAACGUCACUCGAAUCAUGAGAUGCUGCAACGCGGACGGUCUCAUCCUGAAACCCGAUCGUCCUGCCACACUCAUCGACGCCAAGUACAUCCGUGAAGCAUUCGGCAACGCAGAGGCAGGGCCGGCUGGAGUCGCGUGGACCACGCACACCCUCUACGAUGGGGCAACACCCUUGGAGUUCGGGGUUAUAUUCUGGACGGACAUGACGGAAGAGUAUCUCAUCUCACCAUCAGCCUCUGGUCUUGGCAACUAUUUGCCUUUGUUUGCUUACAGGGUUUCAUCAGAAGAUGAAGAAAAUGUCAACCUUGAAGCUAGAUUCUUCCCAGAGGAUGGGCACCUUCCACUCAAUGCCAACACUGCCACUUACUAUUAUGACCUUUGGUACACAGCACCCAUCAUUACCCUUUCAAGAGGGGAAAAUUUGUUCGUUGACAUUGCCUUUUUGGGUGAGAUGCGCAAGUGGAUCCCCGUAUCAAAGCAACGAGUAUCAAGAUUUGAAAUAACAUCUAACAUGCUGCAGGUUCAUUUAAAUGGGGUACCUGGGGAAAUGGUAAAAUUCCAUCUUGCUGAUGGCACAGACCUGACUGAGGGAGCAUAUUUCCUCACAGAACUGCCAGUGACCUUUGGGGAUUCAGGUCGGGCCAUCAUUGAAUGUAUAGCUGAUCCUGACACUCCAGACAUACCAUGUUCAACCAGAGAAGAAUAAAACUGAUGGUGAUUGAGCUGAG